AGGUAGACAUAGUUAUUUAAGCAGCGGCUGAAGUUCCUUUUCUUGAGAUAUGUUGGAGGCUUUGUGACUUUCAAAGAUUCUUCUGUGCAUUGAAGUGAACGAAACACCAGUGUUAUUACCAUCUGCAGAUAUAUUUUCACCACUUCACUCUUCGGUCUUUGCACAGGGUUUGUGUACUGCUGUGAUGUGUAUUUCACGGUGCUCCAGGUGUUUGGGGAUGGCUCUGAUUCCUAUGGCAGUCGUGUGCAUGGUGGCAAAUGUGCUGCUGUUAUUUCCAGACAUGAAUUAUCGAUACUUGAUAGAACAUCAUGUAACCAAAGAAGCUCUGUGGUGUUGUGGUAUAUGGGCAUCCGGAUUUCUGGUGCUUGUGGCUGUUCGAGGACUUGCAUCACACUCUGAUCAGAAGGGAUGCUGCUACUUUAGAGCUCAGAUGUUUUGUAAGUUUGGGUACACGUGUUUGGCUCUGCUGGCAGCCGGGUUCUGUUUUAUGGUUAGUGGCACUGGUCUGGUGCUGGGACCCCUCUGUCUGCACAACGGAACCCAGGGCCUGAAGUGGGAACGUCCAUUAAAACAAGUUAAUCAUGGAGAGAAGCUUUACCUGCAUGAGCCAGACAGGUGGGCAUCAGCCUGUGAGGAACCUCGAGGUGUCGUGAUCUGGAACGUUGUUCUGUUUUCCAUGUUGAUGGCAGCAAGUGGACUUCAGCUCAUCUUCUGUGCCGUUCAUCUCCUCACUACAAUAUUGGGGGUGAUUUGUGGACCGAGCUUCUGUAAGAACAAGGUUUUUCCAGCGUAAAGAGAGGAGAGAUUCAGAGGAUUGGGUUUUCCUCAGCAUGUGAGCUUUGACUCACAUUCAUCUAUUUUAAACAGACACAAAAUAGAAAUGAGAAGUGCAUUAGUUGAUUUUCACAUCUCUGAAAAUAGACUUAUCGUUAAUACCAUUUUUGAUUUCCACAAAUAAGCUGUUUAUAAUUGUUAUAUUUAAGAUUAUACACUGUAUAGGAACGUGGGCGGUAAUUUGAAUAAAUCCAUGUUUAAGAGAAUAAAUUGCCAUUGAUGUGAAUGUAAAUAGAUUUACUUUAUCUUUACUGUUUUAAUUUCUACUCGGUUAUAAACUAUUGUUGCAUGAGCACACCAUUGUUUACAAAUUUAAUGCAUAUAACUUUAUCAUAAAAAUGAGGUAAUAAAUACACAGUACUGCAAAUUGUUAUAUUGUUGGGACAUAUACAA